AUUGGAAAUUUCCGUUUGGAUGACACCUGACCUAAUUACAGCGGUACGCGCUACUGUGGGCUGACCGACAUUCUACUUAACUCCCCAAUCCUCCCGAAACUUUCAUUCAGUGUCAGCAAGCUUUGCACAUUUUUAAGUAAGAUUUCUAGCUCAAUUCUGUCUAUAAUGUCAGGGAAAGUUGAAGGGACUGCGAAUCGGCGGAGAGUGAUCAUCAUGGCGACCACUAUGAUCAUGGUGGCGGCAGCCGUGGUAAUGUGUGUGGCCGAGGGGGUCGUCCCAUCUGACGGCUUUCAUCCAAGAGUGGUCGUUAGAAGCUCAGUGAAGAAAACUCGAAAAGCACAUGAAUUCCGGAGUGCGGCAUGCAAAAGUGCGGCGGAUCCUCAGCUUUGCGUGUCCACUAUUGCAAGGUUACCCGGAUGGCCGGAGGCACCUCCUUCCCAGCUCGUGGAUACUGCAGUAAAAGCUUCCAUUGGCUUGGUCGAAAGGACUUCUGCAAUGGCUUUGGGCUUGGCAGGCUCUGUAGCCGGCGGUCUAGAGCAGAGCGUCCUUGAAGACUGUAUAGAACUGCUGGACGACACUGUCGACCAGCUCACUGAAGCCCUUGAAGACGUUGUCGGCAUGGAUUUCGAUGACGAAAAUUUUGUGGGCAGCAAUGUGAGGACUUUACUCAGCGCUGGGCUUACAAAUCAGGAUACCUGCAUUGAAGGCAUGGCGGUGACAAAUGGACAAGUCAAGUCCCAGCUGGAGAACAGUGUACAGCAAAUUUCCGAUCUGGUUAGCACUUCUCUCGCCAUGGCCAAGAGAAUUUCAGAUCUCACUGCUAACAUCGACGAUUUUAAGCCGCCUUUUCAUAACCGCCGUCUUAUGGCCGAUGGGGAGGAUGGAGAUUUUCCGGCCUGGUUGUCUGCGGCAGAUCGCCGGCUUCUUCAAGCCCCCCCGAGCGCUCUACAGGUGGACGCGUGGGUGGCCCAGGAUGGGAGCGGCAAUUACACGACCAUUACCGAUGCCAUCAGCCAUUGUCCAGAUAAAAGCCUCAGGAGGUUUGUCAUCCGUGUAAAGGCAGGCAUAUAUCAUGAGAAGAUUGAGAUAAAGAAGAAGACGACAAAUCUGGUCUUCAUUGGCGACGGCAUGGAUUCCACCAUCAUUUCAGGCAACAGAAGUGUCUACGAUAAUGUGACCACUUACCGUUCUGCAACCUUCGCUGUGAAAGGUGCGGGCUUUAUUGCACGCGACAUUGGCUUCGAGAACACCGCUGGGCCGUACAGAAAUCAGGCUGUAGCCCUUCGAGCAGAUUCAGAUCAAUCUGUCUUCUACCGGUGCAGUAUGAAAGGAUAUCAAGACACUCUGUAUGCUCAUUCCCUGCGCCAAUUUUACAGAGAAUGCAAAAUUUACGGCACAGUAGAUUUCAUUUUCGGCAAUGCUGCUGCGGUUUUCCAAAGCUGCGAAAUCAGCCCAAGGAAACCCCUGCCAAAUCAGAUGAUUACUCUGACGGCUCAAAGCAGAAAAGACCCCAACCAGAACACUGGGUUUUCAAUCCACGACUGCAAUAUCACGGCUGCUCCCGACUAUAGUCUUGUGAAAUCUUCCUUCCGAACAUUUCUGGGCAGGCCAUGGAAAGCGUUCUCUCGAACUGUGUUCAUGCAAUCUUUUCUGGAUGACAUUGUUCAGCCAGCGGGUUGGGUACCAUGGAAUAUAUCAAAUCUUUUCCUGGAUUCUCUCUACUAUGGUGAGUAUAUGAAUUAUGGGCCAAGCGCAGGACUUGUAGGACGGAUCAAGUGGCCCGGUUAUCACAUUUUGAAUGUUUCAGAUGCAAAUAAAUUUACAGUUGCUCAGUUCAUUGAUGGCAAUAAGUGGUUGCCUUCGACGGGGAUUUCAUAUCUGUCCGGACUGAAGGUCUGAUUCUCAUAAAUGUAUGGCGGCCACUAGUAAUUGCUUUUAUUUGUUAAUCGUAGGUCAGAGAUCUGAAAUUUUUUUUCGGGGGGGGAUUCCAAUUUGUAUUAUGGGGAUCGUAUUCGGUCAGGGAUUGAGUUGCCAUUCUGAAUUUGUUAAAAGAACGGCAGCUGUUCUAAUAUCCUACUUGACUGAAAUUUAACGAAUAGUUCAGUAAGAACUGUAGUAAACCCGUUCGAAUUUAAUAAUAUAUGUCGACUAGGCAUUCCAUUUGUAUUA